CAACGCAAAAACUCCAGCCGUGUAUUUUCUAUUGUCGUCUAUGUUUACCGGUGCGCGCUUAAUCGAUUUUUCGUAAUAUUCUUCAAUUUUCACAGUAAAUUUUAUUGAAAUCAAGUCAUGUAUUCGCUUACAUGCAGAAUAAUUCUCCUUUUAUCUAUAUUUUUGAAUUUCAUGCUACAUUGUAAAGGCUUUCUGCCCAUGCUUCAGGAAAAGACAAGGAAUUCUUUGAACGCGAAAGGAAGCUCCUACUACCCUCACUGGUACAUCCAAUCAGAUGACAGUGACAACUUUGAUGCAUGCGAUUUGACAGCUGAUUUUUGUGACACCAAUUGUUGUGGUGACAAGGAAUGCAAGAAGUAUCAGAAAGAGGCAUUCGAAUGCCCGAAGAAAUCACCCAGAGACACUUCCACUGAAGAACAGGUCAGCUACGAAUGCAAAUACCAGUCUCAAGAAAAACGCCCCUGGUGGCUUUAUUUCCUGUGUUUCGUCAGGAAUAACUCUCCCUUCCACGUCAAGUUCUUUGAGGAGGAUGACAUCAUCAAAACACUUGAAACCAUGAAAGAGAAAAUUGGCGAAACUUCACAAAGUAAAAACAAAAUAAGAAACUACCCUUACUCCGGAAUGGAGAACUAUUUGAAAGACGGGUAUUUCAAUGAGGAUCCAAUUUUAUUGAAAAAUACGAACGAUGGAGGUAAGGAACGAUUUUUCCUUCUGUUUCCAACCAACAUGUUGAAUUCCAUGUUUUGUGCAAACGUUCCUUUGAAAUAUUUGGAACAGAGGAACGCUGAUUGCUUGAGAUUGUUCUCGAAACAGUCAUGUAUAGAGGAGAAUAAAGAACUGGGUUUAAACGAUUACCUCAUCACGAACAAAUCUAGUGGACUUCUACAGAGAAUAUCCAUAAAUAUCCCCAAAACAGGGAUCAGUUUUCAAGAGAAUUUCCAGUUCUCCGAUAUAUCUCACAGUGUCAACUGCAGUAGAGAUGGGAAACAAUUUCUUGUAGCCUCCAAAUAUCCCAGAGGAGAAUUUUCAAAUUCGCGGGAUUCUAUGACUUAUACCAAUAAGGACGUCAAUGGGAGUUGUAAUAUUGAAAAUGUGAGGUUUAUGGUGAAAAAUGAAGAGGAAAAUCUAUGUGAGAAUGUUCUAGUUGGGUCCAAGAUGAAGGUGAUUUGGAAUGGGACAGUGAUCAGCAAAAUUCAUAUCAGUUACCACUUGGCUGACAUACCUUUCUCUGAGACUGAUUCUCCCAAAAACUUGGAGAAUCCACGUGAAAAUCUAGGAGAAUCUGUGAAAAAUUACGCAUAUUUUGAUAUAAAUUUGAAUAAUCAAGACACAACUAACCAUAGUGGAUCAGAUGAGAUGAUAAGUGGUAGGAAAUCAGUUUACAACCAGAAGGUGGUACAUUAUUUUGUGAAGCAGACAUUUAGUGUGGAAUACCAGCAUGUUCCAAGUAACGAUUCGACUAAAGUUAGAUCAGGUAUGCAGGGGUUGCAUAAAAGAGACAGCAAUACUACUAGUUAUCUGAUUGGUGAGGAUAUUGCGCCGUAUAUUGAAAGGACACAUCAACAUGAUCUUGGACUAAACGGAUCUGCAGAUAAUGGAACAGCUGAGGAGACAUUUGGACUUUGGAAAAGAGAUUCGUCUGGUUAUUGUCACAGUCAUAUUCCUGUACAAUUUGGACUGGAUACUCAAACGAAUUGUCGCAUCAACGAUGAAGAAAUAGAAAAUCUAUGGGAUGAUUGUGACUUGUUGAGGGAUUAUGUGGCAAGAUUACAAGAAACUAUAAUGAAUAGUGGUGCAGUGAGUGCUGGAAAUAGCUUGAAUGGUACACAGAUUCCAAUCUUGAGGAAAAUACCAGAGGAUGUAACAACUACACAGACUCCCUCACUGGAGACAAAUCGAACCACCAACAUGACAGAUGCUGAAAAUAGCACGGACAUUGAUGGCACUUUCACGACCCCUCCAGAUGCUGAACCCUGGCUUGUCUUAUGUAAUCGUAUUCCAGCACAUAUGAUUAUUGACAUCAUUUACGAUGGAAAAGUGAACAAAUUUGGUCGCCAUUCUAUAAUAGGAGUUCAUGUCGAGUGCUUUGCUCAGGCUGCCUUCUGUGACCUGAGCAAGGCAUUUGACUGCGUGAAUCAUGAUAUUUUGCUUGAAAAAUUAGCUUAUUAUGGAACUAUUUAUGGUUGUAUUUUUGCAGCCCUGAAGAACCUGACCGGCAAAGCUGAGGAGGCCAUAGAGCGCACCAAGAAGGAGGUGGAGACGCUGGCCAUAGAGAAGAAACAGAAGGCCACCGAACUGCUGGAGGCGCAGGCCAAGAAGACGGGCGACGCCCUCCUGCACGGCAAGACUGAGCUGGAGAAGACGGCGGCUGGAGUGGCCACAGACGCUAAGAAGCAGGCCAUCGAUGGAUUCGACAAAGAGGUGGCUGGAGCCGAGAAGAAGGUCGACGAAUGCGUGAAAGAGACUGAAAGUCAAAUAGAAGCGAGUGCCCCGACGCAGGCGGCGCCAGGAGACGCCUCUACCGACGCCCUCACGGGGGCGCUGGGAAGUCUCAGCGGACUCUCCGGAUUGGCCAAUAUUGACCAGGAAAUCAACAAGACUGUGGAUGGAGCUGUACAAGAGGUGAGCAAAACAGUGGACGAGAAACUGAAGGAAGCAGACAAGGCGAUUGACGAGAAGAGAGAUGAAGUGUUGCAUCAGAUCCAAGAGAAGGCAACAGUCGCCUCCCAGUCGGCCGGAGACAGUGUGGGCUCUGUGCUGGGCAAAGCCAAGGGACUCCUCAAAUUUUAAUACGUUAACAGUGCCAGCUUAUUCUGAUAAGAAUCACCUCACAUCAAUAAUGUUCCUGUAAAGCAGCAUCACUAUGUAAAGCAGCCAGUGAUGUAAAACAGCAUCACGCUAUGUAAAGUGAUGUAAAGCAGCACUUCUGGAAGCCUGCAAUCUUCUUUCAUCGCCAACAAUGCACAUCAACUUGUAUUUUAUAACUGCAGUACAAUUUUUUUACUUGUGUAUCUGAUUGCUUUUGCAGCUAUUAAUUGUAGUUUGUCUAAAUAAUUAUUUGUAUUCAAUAGGUUGAAAAUUGGUUGUCAUUUAUUAAUAAAAAUUGAAUUGUCAUUGAUGAAUUAUUAGAAUGCAUCUCGAUUUUUUAACAAUCUUAGAAUUCCAGUUGGGCCUAUCCAAGUCAGCACCAUCUAAUUUAUAAA